AAAAUCAUACUACAAGUAGUUCAUGUAAUUAUAAAGUUUGUUAAUAAAAUAUUGAAAUUUAAAAAAACUCAAAACAUUUUUAAUAAUGUCAACAAUUUCGCGAGAUUUUAGUGGGAAAGUAGUACUAAUCACUGGAUCCAGUGGUGGUAUCGGUGCUGUGGCUGCCGUCGAGUUUGCCAAAGCUGGCGCUCACGUAGUGGUCACCGGCAGAAAUGCCGGCAAUGUAUCUGAAGUGGCCAAAGAAGUACUCAAUACAUCGCCAACUGGUCUGAAACCUUUGGAAGUGGUGGCCGACGUCGGUAAAGACGACGACUGUCGCCGAUUGGUUGACUCGACAAUCAAACAAUUUAACAGAUUAGACGUAUUGGUCAAUAAUGCCGGUUUCGGUUUGGGUACGUCUAUAUACGACUCGGAUAUUUUAGAUAAAUACCAGAAAAUUAUGGACACAAAUGUGAGAGGAGUUAUCAAUUUAUCGCACUUAUGUGUCGAGCAUUUGGAGAAAACCAAAGGCAAUAUCAUUAAUAUAUCGAGUGUUUGUGGUCUCAAACCGUUCGCCACAUUUUCUAUCUAUUGUAUAUCUAAGAGUGCAUUAGAUAUGUUUACUAAAUGUUUGGCACUAGAGUUGGGACCCAAAGGAAUUCGUGUCAAUUCAGUCAAUCCGGCAGCAGUGCGAACCAAUUUCUUGCAAGUGGUUGGUAUGAAAAAAGAUCAGAUUGAUGCCGCAUACGAAGCCAUGACAACCCGAUAUCCGGUUGGACGAGUGGGUGAAUCCAUCGAUAUUGCAAAUGCUAUACUAUUUUUGGCAUCGCCUGAGGCGUCGUUUGUUACGGGCAUCAACUUUGUCUCCGAUGGCGGUUCACUCAAUUCAACAUAA